AUGAAUAAAUUAAUUUUGCCACCCGACGCUGAGAAUAAUAAUAAUUCUACUACGAAAGAAGUCGACAAUCGAGAAGAAUUUUCUUCUUUAUUAAAAAAAAUAGAACAUUUGAAAAUACCCAAUAAUGAUGAUUUUCAAGAACAUGAGAACACAUUACAAUUAUUAUUAAAUUAUGCUUCUAUACACUUUGAAUCACCAAAAUAUUCUCAGUUAAUGCAGAGCAUGUUACUUAUAUUAGUUAAUUAUUCGAAUAAAACAGUUCUUGUACCAUGUUUAAUAAAAACAGAUUAUCCAAGCGUACUUUUAACAUGGUUGAAUUUAAUUUCAAAUCGAGAAUUAUCGAGAGAUGCUGAUCGCCUUGUCGGUGUGAUAUAUAAUAUUAGUCGUCAUGAGAAUGGUAUACAAGUUUUAAACUCUCUUGAUACCACCAAUAAACUUAAAGAAUUUCAAAAACAUCAUCAAAAUUCAGAUAUAAAUAUCUUAUGUAUGAUGACUAUGGCUCUUCUAUCAACACCUGAACAAAUUAAAAAUGAUCGUCGACGAAUGAAUAAUAUUCUUGAUCAAUUAUUAGAAAUUAUUGUUAAUGCAUCAAAACAAUCAAUUGACUAUAUAUGUAGAGGAUGGCAUAUUUCAGAACCAUUGAUUGUUUUAGUUCGAUUAAUUUGUUAUGAUCGUACACUUGAUUACGUUUUACAACAUGCACAAGUUGAAAUUGAUACAUCUUCAACAGUAAAAUUUUUAAUCGACACAUUAUUAGAUUUUUAUAAAAAUGUUCACGAAGAUAAUCCAUUCAAAUUAUCAACAUGUACAGCACUAUGUAAUAUUCUCUGGAGUGUUUCACUUCGUCCACAGUAUAAAGAAGAAUUACAAGAGAGUAAAGAACUUAAAAUAUUACUGGAAAAAAUAGCUAUUGAAAAAGUUGUCAUUAAUCCUACUCAAUAUGUACCGACAUAUAUAGAAAAUAUACAAAAAGCUACUGAUGGUAUUCUAUGUAAUAUUAAUAAUGAUAAUCAAGGUACUAUUUCAAAUAUUACAGAAAAUGAGCGACAUAAACCUAUAGAUGAUGCAACAAUUCCAUCAAAAAUGAUAGAUAACAAACCAUUGAUUAUGAUUAGUUAUGCUCAUGGUGAUAAUAAUGUUUGUUCUCAAUUAUACGAUGAAUUAAAUAAAUAUAAUCGACAAUUUGAUAUUUGGAUUGAUUGGAAAAAUAGUAAAACAGGAUAUUUAUGGGGUAAAAUAGCUGAUGGAAUAGCAGAUGCAACUAUAAUCUUAUGUUUACUAUCGAAUAAAUAUUAUGAAAGUAAAUCAUGUCAACAAGAAUUUGUUUAUGCACAUGAUCAUCUCAAAAAACCCAUUAUACCUAUUUUUAUUUUGAAUGAUAAACCACCUGGUUGGUUAGCAAUCCACACAUGUAUUAUGAAAUACGUUCGAUUUCGUAAUGUGAACCAAUUGGAACAAGAGAAAUUAAAAGACUUGGUUGAAAUGAUCGAAGAAAAUCUAUUUGGGACAAAUCCUAAAAUAGAUCAAGGUUCUCAGCCACCUACUUCAUUGCCUGUUCAUCAUGAAAUAUUACCAAAUCAACAAACACUCUGUGACAUGAAAGGGGAUGAAAAAAUCAAUUCGUCGACAGGAACGGAUCUUUCUCGAAAAGCAGUUGAACAAUGGGAUAAAAAUGAUGUUAAACAAUGGUUUCAAGAAAAGAAUAUUUCAAUGGAUAUAUGGAAAUUAUAUCAGUUUGAAAAUGGUGGUGAAUUAUUAAGUUAUGCAUCUAGUCUUUCCAAUGAUGAAAAAAUUGAAACACAACAACAAAUUUAUUCUGAUGAAUUUGCUGAAAUGAACAAAGGUAAACGUCUGUUACCACAUCAAUUUAUAACAUUUGCUUAUGUUUUACGAAAACUAAAUUGUGAACAAGUUGCAAAUGGAACAAAACAGACUACUAAUUUUCCUUCUAAACAACAAUCCGUUGGAUCAAACAAAUCACAAACAUGUGAAAUAUCAUAA